AACCGACAAAAACUAGGAGCCUUUGAGAAGAGCCUGGAGGGAUAACUAGACAAAUAUGAAGCUUAACAUGGGGCUGGUUUUUGUGGCAAUGGUCAUUUUAGGAAAUGAGCUUCAGGGAUGUCACUGCAAGAUUGUGCAGUUCAUAUUUGGAGACUCCCUUUCUGAUGUUGGAAACAACAGAUACCUCUCCAGAAGUCUUGCUCAGGCAAGCCUCCCUUGGUAUGGCAUUGAUUUUGGCAAUGGCUUGCCUAAUGGCAGAUUCUCCAAUGGCCGCACUGUUGCUGAUAUAAUAGGUGACAAGAUGGGACUUCCUAGGCCACCGGCAUUCUUGGACCCUUCUUUAACAGAGGAUGUAAUAUUGGACAAUGGAGUGAAUUAUGCCUCUGGUGGCGGCGGCAUAUUGAAUGAAACUGGAACCUAUUUUAUUCAGAGGUUUUCUCUCUACAAGCAAAUUGAGCUGUUUCAGGGAACCCAGGUAUUAAUCAGAAACAAAAUUGGGAAAAAGGCAGCGGAAGAGUUUUUCCAGGGAGCUCGCUAUGUGAUUGCUUUAGGGAGCAAUGACUUCAUCAACAACUACUUGAUGCCUGUUUAUAGAGAUUCAUGGACAUACAAUGAUAAGACAUUUGUGGAGUACCUGAUGACAACAUUAGGAGACCAAAUCAAGAUUCUGCAUAGCUUAGGAGCAAGACAACUGAUGGUGUUUGGGUUGGGACCAAUGGGCUGCAUUCCUCUCCAGAGAGUGCUUAGUACUUCUGGGAAUUGCCAAGAAAAAACGAACAAUCUGGCUAAGAGCUUCAACAAAGCUGUAAGCAAGUUGGUAGAUGACUUGGUUGCUCAACUUCCUAAUUCAAGCUAUAGAUUUGGGGAUGCCUAUGAUGUUGUUGACGAUGUUAUAAGCAAUCCAAGCAAAUACGGAUUUCAGAAUUCAGACUCGCCCUGCUGCUCCUUUGGGAGAAUACGACCAGCUCUGACAUGUCUACCAGCAUCAAGUCUGUGCAAAGAUAGAAGCAAGUAUGUGUUCUGGGAUGAGUACCACCCGACAGACAGUGCAAAUGAGCUGAUUGCAAACGAGCUCAUCAAGAAAUUCGGAUUCUUACGUGGCGACCAAACAAAUGCUCCUUCACCUGCCCCAGCUCUUGCUCCUUCUCCCGAAGAUUAACAAAAGCCACUCAUGUUACUUGUAAUGGAAACAAACAUCUCUCUGUUAUUUAACCUGUUAUUUGGCCAUAAUUUUGUUGUUAUCUCUGUUUGGUUAUAAAAAAAGGAACUUAGCUAUACAAGAAACAAGUUUGUGAGUCAUUAUGUUCAAUAAUGCUCCCUUGCAAUGGCAACAUUGCAGUAUGACAGUAACUUUAGUAGUCUGUAUUGGAGAGAUCUGGGCCCUUUAACCAUUA